UUAUUAGAUGCUGUAAAAUCAGUUUACCUUUGUCAUGACAGCGCCACAACAUGAUCAUCUCUGUGAGCUGAGAUAAGAUUAGAAACUUUAUUGAUGCUCAGCUGGGAAAUGAUUUGAUGUCAUUAACAGCAAACAAGUUCCUGAAAUAUUCCCCCAACAUAUCUCUAUAUAUUGAUAUAUUUAUAUAUUGAUAUAUAUGUUUGUGUACAUUUUGAAUGAAUGUCCAAAGUAAUGUGGGUUUAAGGUUCGUGGAGCUUCUGAGUGAGCAGCAGAGUGUUUAACGUCCAGAAGCGGGUCUCCUGAGGAAGAACCAGCUCUGGUCCCGGUUCUCUCCUCCUCCUCUGUCCUUCCUCCCUCUGAGCUGCUCGGUGCUGCAGAAGCUCCUUCAUCUGGAGGUUCUGACCCGGUGUCUCCUGAGGCUCAUCCAGCCUGUGCACCGGUGGGCAGGUCCAGGUGUGGCCCAUCUUUAUGGUCUCCUGCUCUUUGCUCCUCACAGUUAAUGUUUAACCUUCAGUCGGUGCAGCUCAACCAGGUCCUGACCACAGACCAGUUCGGCUCCACUUCAGCUCCAGUUCGGCUCCAGUCCGGCUCCAGCACCAACAUGCCCUCCAAGUCCGGCAUGUCCAAGGCGUUCGCCGUCGCCUUCGUGGUUCUGACGGUGUCGGUGAUCGCCGGCACCGUCACCAUGUUCAUCCUGUACGAGAUCCAGAUGCACGGGGUCAACGCCACCGCCCAGCCCACCUUCCCGGCCACCACCGAGCCGCCGCCGCCGGUGCUGCGGCUCGGAAAGAGCGUGGUCCCGGUGCGCUACAGCCUGUCGCUCAGGGUCGGGCUCUACACCCGCAUCAUCCAGGAGGUGAACGUGACGAGCCCGAACCAGACGCUGUCCUUCUCCGGGAACUCCACGGUCCACUUCCGCUGCGCCCAGAGGACCAACAGCAUCUUCCUGCACGGCCUGGACCUGCUGGUGUCCGACCCGCAGGUCAAACACACGGACACCGGGAGGACGGUCGGGUCGUCGCUGAAGAAGCCCGACAAGAAGAGCCGCUUCCUGGAGGUGGGUCUGAAGGACUUCAUGGAGGUCGGAGAGCACUACAGCCUGACUCUGUCCUUCGAAGGAGAACUAUCGGAGAACCUGGAGGCGCUUUAUGUGAGCCAGUACAGAGAAGAAGACCUGGAGUACGAGGAGUACACUGAUGGAGACAGGUUCCUUGCUGCCACUUAUCUGGAGCCGACGGGCGCUCGGAAGAUGUUUCCUUGUUUCGACGAGCCUGAGAUGAAAGCUGAGUUUGAUGUCAAAAUCAUCCACAGACGAGACACCACGGCUCUGUCCAACACCAAAGAGCAAGAGACUGGUAUUGUAGAUGAAGAAUGGAAAUUCACUACUUUUCAAAGAACGCCGAAGAUGUCCACGUACCUGCUCGCCUUCACCGUGUCCGAGUUCAGGUCGGUCAGGUCGCCUGUCACUGACGAGCGCGUCGAGAUACAGACGUUUGCUCGUCCUGAAGCUAUAGCAGCAGGUCACACCGCCUACGCGUCCGAAAUCACCAGAAAGAUCCUCGAGUUCUACGAGAGGCGCUUUCAGAUCGAAUAUGAGCUGAACAAACUUGACCAAAUUGCGCUGCCGGACUUGGACCCGGCAGCAAUGGAGAACUGGGGUCUGGUCACCUAUCAGGAAGGUCACCUGCUGUACGAAGAGGGUGUGUCGUCGAUGCUGCACAAGGAAGUGAUUGCCGUCAUGAUCGCACACGAACUGGCUCACCAGUGGUUUGGAAAUCUGGUGACGAUGAAAUGGUGGAACAACAUCUGGCUGAACGAAGGCUUCGCCACCUACAUGUCCUACUUUGCGGUGGACGACGUCGAGCCGUCAUUCAAAAUGACAGAAGUCUUCAUCAUGGACGACCUCCAUGAAGCGUUUGAGGAAGACGCUCUGGCUUCGUCUCAUCCUCUCAUUCUGGCUGAGCAAGACGUCGAGACACCCGAUGCGAUCAGUGGAUUGUUUGACGCUAUAACCUACAGCAAAGGGGCGCUGCUGCUGAGGAUGCUGGCAGACAUUGUGGGAGAAUCAACUUUCAACGAAGGGAUCAAUAGAUACCUCAAGGACUUCAGGUUCGGAAACACCGACCAGAACGACCUGUGGGACUCCAUAGAAAGGGGGAGGCACUUCAAAUUCGGCCAGUCUGUUGAAAAUCUGAUGGCGCCGUGGACCAAACAGGCUGGUUAUCCGGUCAUCACCAUCGACACCACCAAUGGAGAAAUCUACCAGAAACGCUUCCUGUUCAGCGACACUGCUGAGUCCAGUUUGGUGUGGCACAUCCCCAUCAGGUUCAUGUCCCAACACAUGUCAGAAUCUGAGCUGGUGUGGCUGACUGAGUCAGGACCAGUGAGAAAAGAAGAAUUCAUUUCGAAGGACAGUGAGUGGAUCUUGGCAAACGUCAACUCUUUCGGAUACUACAGAGUCAACUACAACUUGGAGAACUGGCAGCGCCUCCUGCAUCAGCUGGAGACGAAGCCACACCUGAUCCCACUGAUGAACCGCGGCCAGCUGGUCGACGACGCCUUCAACCUGGCCAGGGCCAAACUCGUCGACGUGACUCUGGCGCUGAACUCAACCCGGUUCCUUCGCCAUGAGACAGAGUUUCUUCCCUGGGAGUCGGCGCUCAGGAACCUCGAGUACUUCGUGCUCAUGUUUGACCGCUCCGAGGUUUACGGACCCAUGCAGGCGUACCUGAGGGAGCAGGUGAGGGGGCUCUACGACUUCUACAGGACCGACACCGAGAACUCCUCCGUCCCCGUGGGUCACUCUGAGCAGCACAACCAGAUCAACGCCGUCAUGUUGGCCUGUGCCAAUGGACUCCCAGAAUGUAUAGAGAUGGCUACAUACAAGUUUGCAGAGUGGAUGGAGCCCAACGGAACCAAUACCAUCCACCCCAACCUGCGCUCCGUGAUCUACUGCCAGGCGGUGGCUGCCGGGGGGAGGGCUGAGUGGGAGUUCGCCUGGGACAAGCUCCAGAGCUCCAGCGACACGUCGGAGAAGGAGCAGCUGAGGGGAGCUCUGGCCUGCACCAAGAAGAUCUGGCUGCUCAACAGAUACCUGCAGUACACUUUGGACCCAGACAAGAUCCGUCUCAUGGAUGUGGCCUCCAUCAUUACUGACGUCGCCACUAACUCGGCGGGCCAAGCGCUGGCCUGGAACUUUAUGAGGGCUCACUGGGACUACGUCAGCCAGGGAGACGCGUCGCUUCUGAUCCAAGGCGUCACCAGCAGGUUCUCCACGCCGUUCGAGCUCGAGGAGCUGGAGCGUUUUGCGGACGUGUACGAGCUCGGUUCCGGCGUCCGAGCGGCUCAGCAGGCCAUCGAACAAACCCGCGUGAACAUCGAGUGGGUGAACAACAACAAGGACGCCGUGCUGCAGUGGUUCGAAGCUCACACUGAGGAAGAGCGGUACCAUUAGUUCACCAGGAGCUUCAGAGCCUUCGGACCAGCUGCCGGUUCGUGGACCUGCAGCCGAGAAAGCCUGCGACAGUCGAGCGACGUUUCAAGAAGAGUGAUCCUGGAUUGAGAUUCAGUUGAGAGACGAGUGUUCAUGUGUUUGUAGUUUAUUCAAACCAUUUGCUCGUGAUGUUGAUACAGCACACAUCAGCUUUUCACAUGUAUAUUUAUUUCAAAACAAUCAUAUUUACAAAAUCCUUUUUUGUCUUGCCGCUGUUGCCUCGAUAUCAAAGCGAUCCAGUCGUACGGCGCUGAUGGACUGAACCUGUUGUAGCAGCAAACGGAUCAGUUCCGAUCCGCCAGCGUCUCCGUGCUGCCGAGUCUCGGACGCACUUUUCAGUAUUUGUGUUUAUGUGUGUGUGUUAUAUGAGAUGUAAUCAAAAAAUGAUCCUCGUUAUUUUUUUAAUAAUAAUAAAACAUCACCGUUGUGUGGA